AAUUCAUUUCGGAGCGGCGCACGAUAGCAUUUAUUAACAAGAGGAAGCACUUUCUCUCUCUAAAACCCUGUCCCUUUCUCUCUCCUAGAUCGUGAUCAUGUCUGAAACAUUGAAGCGCAUCAAGGACAAUGCCUCCAACCCUAAACUCUGGUUGCUUAUCGGAAUUGGAGUCGCCGGCGUGGUCGUUCUGGCGGAGACGCAACGGUUGCGGCGGCGGCGGAGGAAGAAGUGCGUAAAAGAAGACUUUGGUGCUUUUGUUGAGCGUUUUGAGCUGCUUCCCUUCCCUCAGCUUCCGCCACCCAACCAAAAGCAAAUGCUCUCUUCUCUAACCUUUGCCAUAAAGGACAUAUUUGAUGUGAAGGGGUAUGUGACUGGGUUUGGGAAUCCUGAUUGGAAGAGGACGCACGAGGAAGCUGGCAAGACUGCCAUUGUACUCACUGCUCUGCUCAGCAAUGGCGCUACUUGUGUUGGCAAGACUGUUAUGGAUGAAUUCUCUUUUGGGAUUUCUGGUGAGAAUAAGUAUUAUGGAACACCAACCAAUCCUCAAAUGCCCUCGUGUAUCCCGGGAGGUUCUUCCAGUGGUUCGGCUGUAGCAGUUGCUGCUGCCCUCGUUGACUUUGCUAUUGGUACUGAUACCACAGGAUGUGUGAGAAUUCCAGCAGCAUUCUGUGGUAUUCUUGGGUUUCGACCAUCUCAUGGGGUUGUCUCCACCAUUGGAGUUAUUCCAAACUCACAAAGCUUGGACACUGUUGGAUGGUUUGCUCGAGAUCCAUCUGUCCUACAUCGUGUUGGACAUGUUUUACUUCAAUUGAAUUCAGUGGAGCCCAAAAGGACAAGGCGUAUUAUGUUUGCUGAUGAUCUUUUUCAAUUAUCUAAAGUUCCUACACAGAAGACGGUAUAUGUUAUUGGCAAAGCUAUUGAGAAUUUGUCUGAUUAUCAGUCUCCGAAGCAUAUGAAUCUUUGCCAGUAUAUUGCUUCUAAUGUGCCCAGUCUAAAGGGGUUUCGUGAACAAUUAACAGACCAACAAAAUGGAGCAUCUGUAUUGAAAGCUCUCACUACAGUUAUGUUUUCGCUACAAGGAUAUGAAUUCAAAACCAAUCAUGAAGAAUGGGUUAAAUCUGUCAAACCCAAGUUAGGCCGUGGUGUGUCUGAUCGUGUUAGGGCAGCCAUUACUACUACACAGGAUAAUAUAAAAGCCUUGUAUAAAGUCAGAACUGAAAUGAUUAGUGCUUUUCAUUGUCUAUUAAAGGAUGAUGGAAUACUAGUUAUUCCCACUGUUGCAGACAAUCCAUUAAAGCUUCAUACAGAAAAAGGGUUUUCUUCUGAGUUCCAUGACAGAACUUUUGCAUUAUCUAGCAUUGCUAGUAUCUCUGGAUGUUGUCAGGUUGCAAUUCCGUUAGGAUGUCACAAUGAUUGUUGUGUUUCUGUUUCGUUCAUCUCAAUGCGUGGAGCUGAUAAAUUUCUUCUUGAUACGGUCUUGGAUAUGUAUACAACUCUUCAAGAGCAAGUUAGUGUUGCUUCCUAUGCUUCGCCACUACCGGAUACCAAUGGUUAUUUGGAAACUUCUGAACUUUUGAAGGAGAAGGGAAAUGCGGCAUUUAAAGGAAGGCAGUGGAACAAGGCAGUCAAUUACUACACUGAGGCUAUCAAGUUGAAUGGGAUGAAUGCAACCUACUACUGCAACCGGGCAGCUGCUUACUUAGAGUUAGGAUGCUAUCAGCAAGCUGAAGAGGACUGCAAUAGGGCCAUAUUGCAUGAUAAGAAGAAUGUGAAGGCAUAUCUGAGACGUGGAACUGCUAGAGAAUCACUACUACGUAAGGAGGAGGCUCUAAAAGAUUUCAAGCAUGCUCUCGUUCUUGAACCGCAGAACAAGACCGCUAGUCUGGCUGAGAAAAGACUGAGAAAACUGAUGAGUUGAUACAUGCUGUUGAGUUGAUACAUGCUGUUCUUUCAACCCUGACCUUCCUCCUCCUGCUUGAGAAUUUUAAUGGCUGUGGAAAUACGAUUCUAGCUCCGUUUUUGCGCUUGAUACCUUAGAAGAGGUGGUAAAUCGAAGAGAAUGGAAAGACGAGCCUCUGUUGAUGAAAUGUUGCAUUUUUUAGUCUCAUUUGGGCAUUUUUGUUGUAAUAAAUCUUAUUCAAUAAUGUAUAUAAUUUUGGUCCUGCAUACAUGUUUGCCUUUCUUCCGCACCCCCGCUCUCUCUAUCUUUUAUAUAAUAUGUUUUGCCUGCAUGUGAGCUAGGCCUAACAGCCUCGUGUGUGCAUUUUUACCCUUUGUAGUGCUUCACACUUUUGAUUGUUCGGAAAGGAACAUGGUUUCCAUUGAUAUAAAAAUAGGUUUUAUAAGAGUUAUGUUGUAGGAAAAGUGAUUGUGUAAUGUUAUAGAGAUUCGUUUUGCGUAUUGUAAUUUUCUUUUUUUUCUUUUUUCUUCAGAAAGUG